ACCCAAACCACUCAUCUUCUCAUUUCCCCAUCAAGAGGGAAAAAUAAGCGAGACAAUUUUAUAGUUUUAUGUGAUACACAUGGCUUUUUAAACAUAAAUAGCAGGGCUUGCGCGGCCUCCUCCACCACGGGCUGAGGAAACUAUGGAAUCUCAAAUCGAUGCGACCAGCGCUGGUGUCGACGUCGACGAGGUCGCCGCACUGAAGGAGAUGCGCCUCCAACUCAUGGACGCCAUUGACGCCCGCCGCGCAGUGCAGCAGGACCUUCUCUCUUCCAUCCAAACCCUCGUACCUGAAUUCGCUACGUCCCUCGACAUCUCCCUUCGCCUCAUUCCUAAACCUAACCCUAACCCUAACCGCAACGGCACUACCAACCCAAAUACUAGCGCAAAAACAUCUUCGGAGUGCCGUCGCCGACCUCUCGCAGAUUCUAAAGCCCUGUCCCGUACCCGCAGGAAGACCUCUCCCAUCCCCCUACGUUCUUCCCGCUACCGCUUUAAUGAUGAACAAGACGAAGGAAGCGGCGUAGGAAUCGCUGGAGAUCGGCUGUCGGUCGUGCGUACUAUGGUGGCGGUGUGCCUGCUUGAGCUAGUUCCCUUCGCGGAAAUUGACUCAACCGCGCUACUUCGUCGGCUGGAGAGCGACCAGUCUUCGGCCACUUCGGCUGAAAAGGCCGCCAUGGUUGAGCUUGGCGGCGAUUUUGGAGCGAUAUCUGCGGUUGAGACGGCCCUCCGCCGCAUUUCCGAGGAUAGCGGCGGAGUGCAGCUGGAGGACUUCACGGUUAACGGAAAGUCAAUGUUAAUGGUCUGGGGUAUUGACCGGAGUAAGCUGCUUAAGGAGCUUCCUGAGAGCUCUCAACAGCAGCAAACACAGCCCGUGGAAUUUGGUUCUGGUGACGCAAGUAGUCAGAUUCAGGCAGCUCUAAUGCCUGUAGCUGACCGGGGUGCUGCUAUGUUACCUAGGCCACCCCAUGAUCUAUGGAUGGGUCACCCUGAUCCCCAUUUAUCUGGCAUGCCACCAAUGUAUACAGGGGCUGGUGCGCAGGGGCCAAUUAUUGGCCCAAGGGGUGGCCCAAGGAUGAUGGGAUUGAUGGGAAUUCCUAGAGUUAUCGGUGUUCCACCUCUUCACCGUCCACUAAUUGGACCUGGUGCAUCAAUGGUAGGACCAAAUCCCCCACCAGCCAAGCCUAGAACAGAGGAGGAUGACAGGAAGGACAUUGAGGCAUUGCUAAAUAAGAAGACCUUUAGGGAGAUGCAGAAGUCCAAAACUGGAGAGGAGCUUUUGGAUCUCAUCCACCGGCCAACUGCGAAGGAAACUGCUGUUGCUGCAAAGUUUAAGACGAAGGGUGGUUCACAAUUGAAGGAAUAUUGUACUCACUUGACCAAAGAAGAUUGCCGUCGUCAGUCAGGCUCCUUUAUGGCUUGUGCGAAGGUCCAUUUCCGGCGCAUUAUAGCUCCACAUACUGAUACAAAUUUAGGGGAUUGCUCUUUUCUUGACACAUGUCGUCAUACCAAGACCUGUAAAUAUGUUCAUUAUGAACUUGACCAAACCCCAGAUAUACCUCCAAUGAUGAUGGGAAAUUCUAAUCUACCACCCCCAAGACCGAUGAAGACUCAGCGAGCUGAAUACUGUUCAGAAGUUGAGCUUGGUGAACCUCAGUGGAUUAACUGUGACAUACGCAACUUUAGAAUGGACAUUUUAGGGCAGUUUGGUGUGAUCAUGGCUGACCCACCAUGGGAUAUUCACAUGGAAUUGCCAUAUGGAACCAUGGCUGAUGAUGAAAUGAGGAACUUAAAUGUCCCUGCUUUGCAGACAGAUGGUCUUAUCUUCCUUUGGGUCACAGGACGUGCAAUGGAGCUUGGGAGGGAAUGUUUGGAACUUUGGGGAUACAAGCGGGUAGAAGAGAUAAUUUGGGUGAAAACGAAUCAACUACAACGGAUCAUUAGAACUGGGCGAACUGGACAUUGGCUCAAUCAUAGUAAAGAACAUUGUCUUGUUGGAAUAAAGGGGAAUCCUGAGGUAAAUCGCAACAUUGAUACAGAUGUCAUUGUAGCUGAAGUUCGUGAAACAAGCAGAAAGCCUGAUGAGAUGUACCCGAUGCUAGAGAGAAUAAGCCCAAGGACAAGGAAACUAGAACUAUUUGCUCGAAUGCACAACACUCAUGCAGGGUGGCUCUCAUUGGGAAACCAAUUAAAUGGAGUAAGGCUAGUAGAUGAAGGUCUGAGGGCAAGAUUCAAGGCAGCUUAUCCAGAGGUGGAGGUUCAGCCACCAUCUCCACCAAGAAGGGCUCAUUCCGUGGAUCCCGAAUCCAGCGCCGUGCACGGGAGAAGUCCCUUUUUUGCAGUUGACUCGAAGCAGCCUACGAACAGAUUUAUGGAAAUUUCAACAUCUCAAGCUUAUGCACUGGAAGUAAAGUCAGCUGCAAUCGAAACCGAAACGGCUGCUUAAGCUAUUCUGGCUGAAAUUUACAGCUCCAGUUUUGAUUUUCACCGGAGUUCCAUCUCUGUUUCGAAGCGUGGAAGGUUUCAAAAAGCAGGCGAAGUUAUCAUUAACCGUGGGAGCGAGAUAAGUAGAAUAUCUGUAUAAAUACGAUGUUUAUUAGUCUUUGAAACUAGUUUAUUAAGCAACCGAGCUCAACUCUAUGGAAGUUAUAAUGUAAAACGUUUUUGUGCUGAAUGAAGAAGCAGAAAUCUGUUUGCUGCUGCGAUUUUUUAACAACUCGGGGUAUGCUUUUUCAUGAUUUUUUCU